AUGUUUGCUAAAAGUGCUCCAGUCCAAGCCCCAUUUCCUGUAAUUCACCAACCUUUUCCCGGUGACCCCUACCUUACCACGGCAGUGCUCGAAAGCACGAGAAUGUUUUGGAUGGAGGACAGGAACCACAAUUGGACCAUGGGCCAAAACCAUGAACCAAGACUUCUCAUCACUCCCAAAACCUGGAACAUCCUUGACCUCAGGCGGCCUAAUAAUUUCACCGAUUUGAAAAUCAUGUCGUAUUUUUUCCCCGACUCCUUCUCUGAGGAGGAAGAUGAGGAAGGUGGAGAAAGUGAUGACAAUGGCAGAGCGGCACCAUAA